UCUCUCUCACUGUUACUGAGCUAUCUCUCUGUGAGCUCAAAAGAAACGGAUUCUUCGUUGUUGGGAUUAGAUUCGGAGCUCCGAACCCGCAUUGCACUCAGUUCACCUACUAAACGACACCGUAGAGAAACAGAUAGUGUCAGUGUGUGUGAAAGAGGUAAUGUCGAUGACGAUGGUGAUGGAGGAAGACGAAGACGCAGAAAUAGAGCACGUUUUCGUUGCUCAUGAAAUCGAUCUCGAUUACGAGUUCGACGCUGCUCGGUUCUUCGAUUUCACUCGACCGGAGACUCCAGCGGAAGCUCUCCAAGCUGAGCUUUGGUUUCAAACUGCUGCUAGUUACCCUCCUUUGCCGUUUGUUAGAAGGCUGGUUGUGAGAGAGGAUUUGUUCUUGGACGACGUUAGCGAUUCGCCAAAAUCCGAAGGCCUGGACUGCACGAGUAAUGUUGAUGAUGAAAAAUCCAGUGUUCCGUUACAGACGGGAAUUUUGGACACGGCUUUUGAAGAUAAUGGACCAAAAGCACUUAGUGGAAAUAUGUCUCAUUUAUUGGUUGGAAUUCUACAAAAUGACAGUACAAGACCACUACAAGAACCUUCAGGACUUACAUUUGGCAGUAAGACAAUCACCAACAAUUUGAAUUCUAAGGCUAAGUCUACCGUGUCAAAGAGUUCAACACUAAUGAAACCUACCACCAGUCAAUUGGCCAAGCAAAAUCUCCCUGCUAAAAAUGUUGGUUCAAGAUUUCAAAAGCUACUAUUACAGAAUGAACAAAAUUUAUCUAUCUCUUCUGGGGUAGAAAGUCAAGCUUCCAAGAGGCAGAAACUAGAGGGCGGUCUCUUGUGUAAGGUUCCAGAUGUGAAGCCUCAAACCAAUUUUUUCCACAAGACUCGAAUGAGGGAUGUCAUGGUUGAACAAAACUCUGGAUGUUCGAAGCUGAGGCUUACUAUUCCAAGGGAGCCUGACCUUAGAACAGCACAGAGAGCACAUAGGAUGAGACCUAAAAAUGUUGCCGAGGCAGAGCGAGUAACAGUUGCAGCUCCCAGAUUCAAAGCUCGCCCAUUAAAUAGAAAAAUUCUUGAGGCUCCUUCAUUGCCACCUCCCAAAAGGAGCACUCCACGGUUGCCUGAAUUUCAAGAAUUUCACUUGAAAACUUCGGAGAGGGCAAUCCAACACACAUCUGCUACGUCAUCUUCACUUCACUGCUAUGAUUCUGAUAAGGGUUGGGAUAAACAUACUACUGUUUCUUUAGAAAAUAGAAUCAAGGAUUUAAGAAGACCUACCGCAGGAGGUGCACCAACGUAUGAUGGAUUGGGGUUUACACACAUUUUUAAAGCUCGGCCACUUAAUAAGAAGAUAACUCGAAGUAAAGGGGAUGGUGUUUUCCGUAAAUGCAGACAGGAAACAACAGUCCCAAUGGAAUUUGAUUUACAGUCUGAAAAGGAGGUUCAGCAAGAUCCGCCUAUUGAACUCUUCAGCAAGCUGUCUCUGACGUCUGAGUGCCAGCCAAAUAAUGGAUCUCAUUUCAAACUGCCUCAGCAUUCCGGGAUGUGUAGAAAGGACUCAAGAAAAUAUAUUAAAUUCUUUUGGUCCAGACCAAGAGGAGAAGACUUUUAUGUUUGGGGCAAAUCAAACCUCUCGAGGGAAUGGCGGUUGCAUCAAUCUGAUGGGUGAAAGGAGGAGCUUGGGAAUUCGGUGACUAUAAACUAGGGAAAAAGUGCAACCUGCUUAGUUAUGGGCAUCGAACUAGAAUUUUUGCUGACAUGAGAUUGACUGUACAUAGUUGAAUCUGACCGCGGAUGAUCGGUGUAUAUUUUUUUUCUGUACACAGAAUCUUACAUUUUUUUUUCUAGGUGCACAGCUUGUAUCUUCUAUAACUGCCCUUGAUCAUAAUUCAAAAAGUAUAUCAUUAAAGGAGAGAGUGUUGCAGUCUCUUAAGCUUGUUUAUUUUCGCUUUUCAUAACAUUCAUUCUGGAAUGGUAUAUGUAUCUGUUCCGAGUUCGGCCAUGCCCAAUAGGCUGUUUUGUUAAGCUUCAUAGCAUCAAAAUCUUGGGACUGCCACCUAUCUCAGUUUGGAAAUGGAUCCUCUGCCUCAAAAUCUUGGAACUGCCACCUUUCACAUUUCUUGGUCAUUUCUCAUUUUGAAACCUACCUUUUGUAUUUCGAAAAGUUCAGGACGAGAGGUGGCCGAAGACAUAUAUGUAAGAGGUGGGAUGAAACUUCCAAUAAAGCGUUACUAUCUAAUCUCGACCUAAAAGGAGCUAAUAUUUGUUGGUCCUCUAUUCGGUAAAGGACCUAAGAGGCCCACCAUUUCACAUCAAUUAAUUAGUAUAUCCGUUGGUAGACUUUGAAUAUAAUUAAAUGUGACUAACACAGUUGGUCAAUAACUUGGCUUGAUACAAGGAACAGAUGCCAUGUUCACCAUUUGGAUUUUCAAACUAAACUACCUUUUAGUUUUGCCAUUCAGGUCAUUGGAAUUAUACAAGGAUUAAAAGUCUUUUCCUCCUAGAAAUGGCUGUUACAUUCUUAUGUCUGUUGUAAAUGCUGAAAAUUUAUUGUUCAUUAUUAGGAAAGUUGUAAUUUCUCUUUUUAUUAUGUUCUCUACACUCCAAUUCCUGUGAGGAGUAGCGGAAAUGCUAUUUUACUUAAUUUUACUUAAAUUAUUUUAAUUUUAAUUUUUAAGAAAUAUUAAAAUGUUUUUUUUAUCCAGUUAUGUUUUGAAUAUAUUAAAAAAUAGCAUUAUUUUUAAUUAUAAUAUUCCGUGAAAUGACCCCGGAAAAAUAUAUUCGUAUUCAAAUACGAACAAAGAAAUUGUUUAUUCUCAAUUUCAAUAAAAAAGGUUGCUAUGGUUGUUAGAUAUUCUUGCCGUGUUCUCUCGGGAUCUUUUAGGAACUGAUUGGGUGACUUAAAGACUGUAGACCAAUUUAUCUGCAUCGAAGAGUUCAUAUGGUUUGAUAACUUUCUGUGGAAGGAAAGUUUUAGAGCACUCAUGUUUUUAUUAUUCCUCUAUUUUCUCUUUGCACUCUCGUAAUUUUUAACCUCGCCCCCUUCUCUCUCGCACUCAAAAUUCCAAUGCAUGAUUUAAUUUCCAAAUGGCAGGCGCCACAAUAUCGAUGAAAAGUUUACUUGAUGCCGUCGGCUGAAUCCGCUUUGACCGGACUAGCUUUUUUAUUGUAUCACCUUAUAAAUAAGAUUGAUCAAUUUAUUUCGGCCACUGGCCAAAGUCUUAAGGAAUUAUUACAGAUAAAUAUGUAGAGCCACAAUCCAUCAAUUCUGACUUCUGAAGGCAGUAUUCAUACCUAAAUUAACAUUAAAAAAUUGACAUAAAAUUGUUUUAAAAACAGUGGAAGGAUUGAAGGUUGAAAUUGAAGUAAUUUCUUUUAUUAGAUACUCUGUUUCAAAUGAUAUAUAUUAUCUAUUUAAUAAAGCACUAAUUUAUUUGUUCUCAGAAAAUGGAAACAGAAGCUUCAAAUGUUACAAGUUGACUUUUUA